AUGUAUGUCACGUACGACAGCUCACAGUUCACGAUCGAGUUUACAGACCGUAGCCCUAGGGGUCCACAUCGCCGGCCUCCAAAACGCGUACCGAGUUCCAUACCGACACCGCCAUUCAAACCAACCUACCUAGUCCGCAUAUCCGACAUGAAGCGAGUGCUGGCAACAAAUGUCAAUGAGGGCUACUGUGCAUUAUCGUACUCGUGGAAUUGGUCGGGUGACAUAAUUAAACACGAAAAAAAUGACGAUGAAGAACCAGAAUACAGUCGGGAGGAUCACGGCCAACACACUAUGAUUUACCAAGAGGAAACAAAACUAAACGUCACAAUAACAUCAUCCGAGAGAUCAAGGCGAAAAAGACAAAAAAAGAUGAUGCGGAUACGAUUUACGACACAACAAAAGCUCGCCAAAUUCGAACGCCUUAUUCAACACAUCUGCAAGGAUUUCAACAUUCGCUAUAUCUGGUUUGACCAGACGUGCAUUGACCAAUCAGAUCACGACCAAAGAAAGCAAGAGAUCCAGCGCAUGCAUAAGAUUUACAAGAACGCCUAUUGUACACUCGUCUUACUACCCGAAUUUCAAGUACAGCCUUGCAUACCAUGGCACGGCGGAUCCAAACAUGUAUCCAACAUGAACACGAUUCUCGAUUUUGAAUGGUGUAAACGUGCAUGGACGUUGGAAGAAGCAUACAUGGCAUCCCGUCUCGUGUUUGUCGGCCGUAAUGUACACAUGUGGUCGCCCACAAAAGACGAACGUGCCAUGCAACUUCCAACGCCUUCCGAUAAGUUUCUUUAUAAUAUCUGCACAACCCAAGCUAUCCAAUGGAAUGCCAGUUCGGUGUUGUGGCAUGCACGGAGACGCACGAGCAGUAAGGCGCACGAUCGCGUUUUUGCACUGGCUAAUAUGUUUCCAGACAUUAUCCACCGUGUCGAUUUUAGCUAUAAGCAGCCGCUUGACGAGGCAAUGGUACAAUUCUAUGGGACGCUUGCUCAGCAUGACUUGUCAAUAUUAUGCUUUGGUAGUCCUCUUACUGUUUCAAAACAACGCCCCAAAGACAAUCACAUCACUGCCGGAAUGAUUGUACGGCAGAAAGAAGAAGAUCGACUACCCACUUGGACGGGUAUACGAGGAAUGCAUAUUAUCCAAAGCGUGUCCGAUCAUGGGUUUAUGACCACAAAGUUUGAGGCAGCACGACGUACGACAGUGUCCGGACGACAACUAUGUAUCUCUUGCCAGUCCAUCAGUAUUCGACUAUCACCCCUCACCACAAAUUCAAAACCAAGUAGUUACGAGUUCCAAGGACCGACAUGGUGGAAUAGGAACGGAUUAGAGUUUGAUCAUGAGCUUCCAACAAGCGUUAGUCCUGCUGUUGUCGUUACCAGUGGUGCUAAUGACUACAAAAGAGCAAUGAUGUUUAUCUCGGACGGCGUGGAUGACCAACUCAAGAUGUACGCUGAAGAAUAUGCCUUGGAUGCUACUCACUGGUUGCCUAUGACGACCAGCAAAGAUGGACUUUGGACGAAUGCAUUGCCAGACGAUGACAAGAAAAAAGCCGAUGGCGGGACAAAAGCGACAAACCACUAUUGUGCCGGAUGCUUGUCGCUUAUUAUCAGCCAUCAUACCCCAAUUGAACAACAGCAAGAGCAGCACAUAUUCACUGAAUAUGCGAUCCUUUCCGAAAUUGCUUUUAGCACGUUGAAUGAUGAAGUCAAGGCUAUGCCUGUAGUUGGGCGACGCAAGGCGGAUGGGAUUUACGAAGCUAUUGGUCUGUGCUUUUUGGAUAUCUUGGUUCUAGAGCAUCUCGAUCCAGGCGUUGAAACAACACGCGAGUUCAUCAUUGAAUGA